CAGGGCUGUGCCUUCUGUUCACUUCCAGCUUUGAUCGACGAUAUACACGUCCAGGUAUUAUGUAGCCUAUUCUCCAUACCAACUCCCAGACUCUAAGGGGCAUGUGCGUUGGACUUAUGCAUCGGGUUCUGCGUCCAGGGUAGGUCUGAGGAAGGGCUGGUACCACGAUAUGGGCCGACAGCGCUUCAUAACACGAAUGGCCCUUGGCCGCUCACCUUACCAACCAUUUGAAGGCAACAAGGACGAUGAGACUCCCACCGUGAGGGGUACCGAGGUACACAACACCACAACGACAACUGAUGGUUAUGUGCAACGAUUUGACAUUAAAGGCAAUCCCAUCAACCCAGCAACUGAAUCGCGCAACGCCGAAUUGCGGCACGCUCAGAAUUCCAUACUUGCCCUUGUUGGUGUUGUCGAAGGAUUGGAGGGUAAGCAACGAGUGCGCGAGGAUGAUGACUGUCACGGGAGAGCUCAAUGGCAGGAACUGUUGAGCGAUGAGAAUGAAUACGGCGAAGCUCUUGACCUACUGACCAUGUCUGCGGUCUACCUACCUUUGUUCUACUCGAUCUGGCUGCUUAGACGAUAUCAAACCGGGGUGAAUGACGUUGGCCGGCCUUUCGCUUCCAUUGUGGCAAGUGACAUGCGCGCCAUUCUGAAGGGUGAAUGGAAGGGCGUCUACGCUGUGCUGUUCCCAGGAAUGUUAGCGAGCCUAUGUGCUGGUACCGUACAGCUUGGGGCCGCACACAUCAUUGACACUGUCACACGGUCAUGCUCAAAGCAAUACUGGGCGAAGCGUCGGUCCUCGCUGCACCUGGAGCGCUUCGAGAGGGUCUUAGCGUUCGUGGAGACUGCUGCAUAUGGCCUAAUUCAGUUGUUCCUACUGCCGCUCAGCUUCCAUACAACAGCGCAGUGUCUCCUUUUGGCGCCGCCAUGGCCACUGUUACCGCCUUGGAGCUUGUGGCGUCGAACUGACCCCUUGUCACCCCGUUCUAUCAUUUGGCGACCUCUUAUUGAGGUUCCAUUGCCCUUGAUCGGGAGGUUGCUUUCACCAGCAGCUCUGUUCAUCACCUGGAACUAUUUGCUGACCGAGCCGUUGGCCAUUGAUGGCGUCCCGUUUGCGCAUCUCACCACUUUCCCACCUCCAGAACUAAAUACCUCCAGCUCGAGGGUUACAAAACCGAUACUGUUUCGGGAUCCGUUUGGCUGGAUAAGAUAUCAUGUAUACACCGUUCGAUCGUCACUGAUAACAGGGGCAGGAUGGGGGGUUAAAUCGGUCGGGAACAGGUCUACCGAAAAUCAUUUCGAGACAAACAUCGUCAUGGAGGGCAACGCACAGACCAAAUACGGCGUCUCACAUCACCGCUCCACGCAUCUGACGCACCUGCCCGCUCGCUUUCAGGGUGCCAGAAUCGACGAAUUCCUCUACCGUGUGUUACUUCUGCCACUUGAUGCUUUGGUGCUCAGAGCUGUCGCCAUGUCUUAUUUUGCCUGUCCUCUACCAAAGGUUGCCGGCUGUAACGGGCUGUCCACGCAACUUUACCCACCAAUCAGUGGCUGGCUCUACCGUCUGGUGAGAAGGUUGGACGUCAAUACAUUGCGCGAGGCUGGCCGCUAUGCGAACAAGAUCGGACUGUGCUUGGCGUUGCAGGCUGCCGUUGACGCUACGCUGUUUGCUGGAGUCUACGCCUCGGUGCGCUUCUGCGGCAUCCGCCAGUUCCAUUGGGGCCUAAUGAAGAGGCCUGGGCGAGGAAGUUUUACGCAUCCUCCAUGAAAGCCCAUUGACUCUGGCUU